CACUGAUUUGAAACAAAAGAAUCGUUGACGUUUCGGAUCUUCAUGAACCAGUGUUUUGAAAGCGCCCAUCGCUGCAUUAAUAAUGCUUAUAUUUUAAUCUAAAUCAGUUUCGAUUGUAGAAUGUCUUAUAGAGAAUAGAAUGUAUUAAAACUGACUAACGGGUAGCCUACUCAGCGAAAUAAACUUGAUCGAUAAAGAUGGAGCAGCAUGAAAGCAACCAGACAACACAGGCACCAGAUGUGAAGACAAAAACCUGCCAGUCGUCACCUAAACAAGAGCAGAACAGUGAAAGACAGAAUCUGAAUGAACAGAAAGAAGAUUCUGUCACUUGGGAUGAAGGUGGGAUGCAUUUCUUUGAGCAAGCAAGUCUUGCGGAGGAAAUGCGAAUUGACUCUGAAGAGAAACCAUUCAUUUGCUCUCAAUGUGGAAAAAAUUUCACAGUGAAGCAAAAGCUUGAGGCUCAUUUAAGGAUUCACACUGGAGAGAAACCAUUCACCUGCCCUCAUUGUGGAAAAAGUUUCACGCAACAAGGUCAGCUUAACAUUCACAUGAGAAGUCACACUGGAGAGAAACCUUUCAUCUGUCCUCAAUGUGAUAAGAGUUUCACAUCGAAACAAAGCCUUAAAAGUCACAUGAGAAUUCACACUGGAGAAAAACCUUUCACCUGCCCUCAGUGUGAAAUGAGCUUCACACAGCAAGGAUACCUUAAACGUCACAUAAGAACUCACACUGAUGAGAAGCCUUUCACUUGUCCUCAGUGUGGGAAGAGUUACAAAGUCAAACAAAGCCUCGAGAGUCACUUGAGAGUUCACACUGGAGAAAAGCCAUUCAUCUGCCCUCAGUGUGGAAAGGGUUUCACAGCAAAACAGUGUCUUAAAAGUCACAUGAGCAUUCACAUUGGAGAGAAACCUUUCACCUGCUCCAUCUGUGGGAUGAGCUUCACACAACAUCAAAGUCUUAAACGUCACAUGUGGACUCACACUGGAGAGAAGCCUUUCAUUUGCCCUGAAUGUGGAAAGAGUUUUGCAGUGAAACAAAGCCUUGAGUGUCACAUGAGAAUUCACACUGGAGAGAGACCUUUCUCCUGCCCUCAGUGUGGAAAGAGAUUUGCAGUGAAACAAAGCCUUGAGAGUCACAUGAGAGUUCACACUGGAGAGAAACCUUUCUCCUGCCCUCAGUGUGGAAAGAGAUUCACAGUGAAGCAAAGCCUCGAGAGCCACAUGACCACUCAUACUGGAGAGAAACCUUUCACCUGCUCCGAGUGUGGAAAGAGUUUCACAAUGAAGCAAAAGCUUGAGAGACACAUGAAAAUCCACACUGAAGAUAAGCUUUACAUCUGCCCUUUAUGUGGGAACAGUUUCACAAUGAAGACCAACCUUGAGAGACACAUGAAAAUUCAUACUGAAGAGAAGCCUUUUGCCUGCUUUGUGUGUGGAAAGAGUUUUAGAAUAAAGCAAAACCUUGAUGGUCACAUGAGAGUUCACACUGGGCUGAAGCCCUUCAUCUGCUGUGAAUGUGGGAAAAGUUUUACUGUGAAACAAAGCCUUGAGAGUCACAUGAAAAUUCACAAUGAAGCAACGGCUUUCACCUGCUCCGAGUGUGGAAAGAGUUUCACCGUGAAACAAAACCUUGAGAAUCACAUGAGAAUUCACACUGGUGAGAAACCUUUCACCUGCCCUCAGUGUGGAAAGAGUUUCACACAACACGUACACCUGAAACGUCACAUGAGAAUUCAUUUUGACGCAGUUGGGGAAUCUUCUCUGCUGUCUCCUGUGUACACCAUCCAUCCAGAUGAAGUGAUAGCAGUCAUAGCGUAUCAGGACACCCACCAGCUGUCGGAGCAGAGUGAUGUAGUCAGUCUGUUUAUAUGAUUAUUUGGUAGUGACCGAUAAAAGACCAAUGGGACAAUUUGGUCAGGAUGCCACUUUUACACCCCUACUCUUAAUGAGAACAUGUUUCUGUUGUUCAUUAUAAUGGGAAAUGCCGUGUUUCCCCUUCAUUUUAAAUUUCCACAAUUAUUCUACAUAUUUUGAAUGUUUGUUGUACCUUGUUUGUUAAAGGGAUACUCCACCCCAAAAUGAAAAUUUUGUCUUCAAUCACUUACCCCCA